AUGGCACCGCUGUCUGGAAAGACUGCUUAUGACAACCAACGCAACCUCCACCUCCGCCUCUACAAGCCCCGCUCCACCCCCGCCGCCGCCCUCCCCAUUCUCUACUUCUGCCACGGGGGUGGUUGCCCCACCACCACACUUGCUGCCUCCGCCUUGCAGGUCAUGGUGGUGGCGCCUGACUACCGGCUAGCGCUGGAGCACAGGCUCCCCAUCGUCGUAGAGGAUGUGCUCAGCUCUCUCAAGUGGUUACAGCAGCAGGCUCUGCUGGCUGACGGCGGCGGUGAUGAGUGGCUGCGGAAGGGAAUUGAUUUCGGGAGAGUGUUCGUGGUGGGUGAUUCCUCCGGCGGGAACCUGGCCCACCGGGGAGGCCGGACCGACUGCGGCGGGCUCUACGGGGUUAGCGUCGUCUAG